UGCUGAUUCGUCUUUUAGGUUGGCCAUUGCUGCGGCUCAGUGUAAAUUAGUUUUUAAGUUGAAAAAUCUCGACACGGAAAUGCAGGAAACAGAGAAAGACUGUGAUGUACUGUACUGUAUGACUCUAUCGUAGGAAAUAGAUUCCCCUCAAAGCUCUCAGAAAUCAAUGGGCGACACGCUAUUUGCCGCGAUUAGACCACUCAGGGGCUUCAUUGAAGCCCUAAUCUUCAGCUUCGCUCUCUGCUGUGGUCGCCAGCUUCCAAGCGACUGCUUGCAUGAAGACUCCUUCGAUGACCUCGACUGUCUGGCUAAUACAACUCCCUUUACUGCGAAUGAAAUUGAGGCGCUGCGUGAGUUGUACAAGAAGUUGAGUAAUCUUCUAAUUGAUGACGGUCUGAUACACAAGGAAGAGCUACAAGUGGCACUAUUGAGAACUAGAGAUGGCGAGAAUCUUUUCCUGGACAGGGUAUUUGAUCUUUUCGACGAAAAGAAAAAUGGAGUCAUUGAAUUUGAGGAGUUCGUUCAUGCACUCAGUGUUUUCCAUCCCCGUGCUCCUUUGGAGGACAAAAUUGAUUUUGCAUUUAGGUUGUAUGAUUUGACACAGACUGGAUACAUCGAAAAGGAAGAAGUUAGGAAAUUGGUAGUUGCUUUUCUUUCGGAAUCCGCUAUAAAGCUGUCAGAUGAAAGUCUUGAAGCAAUCAUUGACGAGACAUUCGCUGAUGCGGAUGCCGAUAAGGACGGCAAGAUUGACAAAGACGAUUGGAAGGAUUUCGUUUUGCGGCAUCCAACACUUCUGAAGAACAUGACGCUUCCUUAUUUACAGAUUUUGUCGUUUACCAGGGAUAUCUUGGGCACGGCAGUGUUUCCCAGUUUUAAUGUCGACACCAACUUUGUUGAACGAACACAUUGGCGAUGCUAAGGUGAGGUUAAAAAGUGUUGAAAAUUAACUAGAAGCUUCUGCUGCCACAUCCUUUUCCACAGUCUUGCGUCCUUGAGCCAGACUUGUCUUCAGGCGCAGAGAACUGAUUUUAUUAUUUCUAUUAUUUUCUUUUCUUAUACUCUGGUCUACAGUCAAGAUCGUAACAUCAAUCCUGUGAAAUUACGAGGCCAUACUAAUAUAGUUUUCCUUCACCGUACA